ACAGCCUAUGUAGUUGGUGAACAAGAAGGCCUAAUAGCAGAGAAGGCAUUCUUCAUGGGCGAGACACUAAGGGUGGGCACACAUUUGGAUAUCGAAUCUGAGCUAAAUCUGAUCAAAGAGACCAGGAGAGAACUAAGAGAUGCUGGUUCCACGGAGAAAGAUGAGAGGAAAGUCAUGGAGAAACUUGGCCUCAAGAGGGCACGAAACUUUGGGUGGCCAAACACCUAUGUCUUCACUAAGGCAAUGGGGGAGAUGAUGAUGGGGCUCUUGCGAGGGGACUUUCCAGUGGUCAUCAUCCGCCCGAGCAUCAUAACCAGUACACUCAAGGAGCCAUUGCCUGGAUGGAUGGAAGGAAUUAGGACCAUCGACGCAGUGAUCAUGGGUUAUGCCAAGAAGACCUUACCAUUCUUUCUAGGCAACCUUGAUUUAAUACUCGACAUGAUUCCGGGGGACAUGGUGGUGAAUGCUAUGAUGGUUGCCAUGGCAGCACACUCAGAUGAUCAAAAAGGUCAGAUCAUCUACAACGUAACUUCGUCAGUAAGCAACCCAGCACCCUCAGGCCUAGUCAUAGAUGCAAUGCACCGUUACUUCUUUGAGAACCCGCCAUGCAAAGGGAACGGUGGGCGUGUUCGGCUGAAGAAAAUGCGAUUCUUUAGCAUGCUCACGCAGUUGAGAUUGUACAUGGCCAUCAAGUACAAGCUUCCCCUCGAGAUGCUUCGCCUAGUGAGCAUCGCACUCUGCGGCAUUUUCUCAGAAUGCUACAACAAGCUCAAUGGAAAAUACAGUUUCAUCAUGCAGAUGAUCGAGCUCCACGCACCAUACACCUUGUUCAAAGGGUGCUUUGAAGACACGAACUUGGUGAAGCUAAGGACGACGAUGAAUAAGGACGAUCAAAUUAACAAUGGAGCAUAUUACUUUGACUUUGAUCCCAAGUCCAUAAACUGGGUUGAUUAUUUCUAUGGUGUACACAUUCCUGGUGUGCUUAAAUAUUGUAUUUAACUAGCCAAAUUUCCAGCAAGUUAAACCUCUUGUAGGGGCUAUCAUAUCAAGUAUCAUGCAUGCCAACUACUAGACAACUUGGCUGACAUGUCAUACAAUUAAAUAAAGAAAGAGAG